AUGACAGCCGAGCGGCCCGGCUCGGUGUUCCGGGGCGGCCCCGAGAGGCCGCGGAGGCCGGGGCUCUGGGGAGUCUGUGGGGUUCAGGUAUUGGCCGCGAUCUUCCCGCUGCUGUUGUCCGCGGCAGUGGCCGCGGCGUGGGACGAGAACGACUUCAGGCUGGUGCAGCCGCUGGUGACCAUGGAGCAGCUGCUGUGGGUGAGCGGGCGGCGGAUGGCGGCUGUGGACACCUUCCGCAUCCCGCUCAUCGCGGCCACCCCGCGGGGCACGCUCCUCGCCUUUGCCGAGGCCAGGAAGAUGUCCACGUCGGACGAGGGGGCCAAGUUCAUCGCUCUGCGGAGGUCCACAGACCAGGGCAGCACGUGGUCUCCUACAGCGUUCAUCGUGGACGAUGGGGAGACCCCUGACGGGCUGAACCUGGGGGCCGUGGUGAGCGACGUGGAGACGGGAGUGGUGUUCCUUUUCUACUCCCUCUGCGCUCACAAGGCCGGCUGCCAGGUGGCCUCCACCAUGUUGGUGUGGAGCAAGGACGACGGGGUCUCCUGGAGCCCGCCCCGGAACCUCUCCCUGGACAUCGGCACCGAGAUGUUCGCCCCCGGGCCGGGCUCCGGCAUUCAGAAGCAGCGGGAGCCACGGAAGGGCCGGCUCAUCGUGUGUGGCCACGGGACGCUGGAGCGGGACGGGGUCUUCUGCCUCCUCAGCGACGACCACGGCGCCUCCUGGCGCUACGGCAGCGGGGUCAGCGGCAUCCCCUAUGGCCAGCCCAAGCGGGAAAAUGACUUCAACCCCGAUGAGUGCCAGCCCUACGAGCUCCCCGACGGCUCCGUGGUCAUCAACGCCCGGAACCAGAACAACUACCACUGCCGCUGCCGAAUCAUCCUCCGCAGCUACGACGCCUGUGACACUCUGAGGCCCCGCGACGUGACCUUCGACCCCGAGCUGGUGGACCCCGUGGUCGCCGCAGGAGCCGUAGCCACCAGCUCGGGCAUUGUCUUCUUCUCCAACCCGGCCCACCCCGAGUUCCGCGUGAACCUGACCCUGCGCUGGAGCUUCAGCAACGGCAGCUCCUGGAGGAAAGAGACGGUGCAGCUCUGGCCGGGGCCCAGCGGCUACUCGUCGCUGGCCACGCUGGAGGGCGGCGUGGGCGGGCCGGGCCAGGCCCCCCAGCUCUUCGUCCUGUAUGAGAAAGGCCGCAGCGCCUGCACAGAGAGCAUCUCCCUGGCCAAGGGAAUCCUCCGGUAG